CUUCACUGAUGUGCGCUGCGCCAGCCUGGAGCUAGGUGCGCGAGUGGGGAGAGCAGCGGCUCCUGACACGUACGCUUGGGCUUUUCUCAAGUGGGCGGGCCCCGUGCUCAGAGGUGAAACUUUUCGGUUGGUGGGAGGCUGGCGCGUUCUAUCUAAGUGCGAGGAAUGCUGGGAGGGACUGGCGACGUCGGUGGCGGCAGUGACAGCGCGACAGCCGAGUUGUGCGGGCGCCCUUCCCCCACCCCGCGCCCCCACGUGACCGCCGCCAUCUUGUUCUGCGGGCGCGGAGAGAACGGGAGCGUGUACUGGACCUGUGCAGCGCCACAAAAUGACGGGCGUGGUGGUUGGUGGAGGACGAUACGGGCAUGCGUGAAGGCCGCCCCCAAGUGGCUGUCUCCCUGAUGGAGCACCGCCGAAUCCAGCCUUUUCGGCUUUUGUUUCUGUACUCGAGUUCACUGCCAUGUCUUCUGAAGAAGGGAAGCUUUUCGUGGGAGGGCUGAACUUCAACACCGAUGAGCAGGCUCUGGAAGACCACUUCAGAAGCUUCGGUCCUAUCUCUGAGGUGGUUGUUGUCAAGGACCGGGAGACUCAGCGAUCCCGGGGUUUUGGUUUCAUCACCUUCACCGAUCCAGAGCAUGCCUCAGAUGCCAUGAGAGCCAUGAAUGGAGAGUCUCUGGAUGGUCGCCAGAUCCGUGUGGAUCACGCGGGCAAGUCGGCCAGGGGAACUAGAGGGGGUGCCUUUGGGGCCCAUGGGCGUGGUCGCAGCUACUCUAGAGGUGGUGGGGACCAGGGCUAUGGGAGUGGCAGAUAUGACAGUCGACCUGGAGGAUAUGGAUAUGGAUAUGGAUAUGGAUAUGGAAGGUCCAGAGACUAUGGUGGCAGAAGCCAGGGUGGUUAUGACCGCUACUCAGGAGGAAAUUACAGAGACAAUUAUGACAACUGAGAUGAGGCAUGUGCACCUAAAGUAGAUACACAAGGAAUAAAACUUCUGAUCCAGGAUCAUCCUUCCAAAUGGCUGUAUUUAUAAAGAUUUUUGGAGCUGCACUGACACAUCUGUUCUAGUACAUCAAGUUCUAUUUUUUAACUGAGCUCCAGAGGUAGUUUGUUACAGAGACCUUUUAGAGAAAGCUCCAUGUGAUUUCCAAAAUUUUCUCCCAUUUAAAUACUAAUCCUGGGACAUUGCAGAUGCUGGGUAUUUUCCAGUUUUUCAGUUUGGGCUCUCAGGAUUACUGAUUGUGGCAAAAAAGUGUUUAGACUGCUUUAAAAACUGUGCAUUUAGGGACAUUUAAAAGCCUAUCUGCAAUGUUUAUCAAGAUUAGGAAGCAAUUUCCAAAUGCAAAUACAAGAAAUCAUUGAUAUGAUUAGAGGUGGGGUUUUUUUUUUAUUAUUAUUCAAGGUUACCACCCUGAGUAUACAGCAGUUUAUUAAAAAUAUUUGUGAAUGUAUUUUUUAGUACUGGAAGAAAAAAUAUUCUGUUGUCUCAUUUAGCAUUUUAGGAUGUUCUUCACGGAGCUGAUUAAAAAGUUGAAACAUGAAAAACUGA